AUGUCACCACUUCUCGGUAUUGGAAUAGCUACUGGAUCCUCAUCAGCAUCUUCAACAAUGCCAAUGGACCUGGGUGGAGUAUUGCCUAUUGCAGAAAAUUGGUGUAAUACACAAGUGAAAGUUGUUAAAUUUAACUACAUGUGGACGAUAAAUAAUUUCUCUUUUUGCCGUGAAGAAAUGGGUGAAGUUUUGAAAUCAUCGACUUUUAGGUUUGUUUUUCUUCUCGGAAAUUUAUUCUUCCCUGACUACCUUCGCCAUUCCUCAGUUUAUUUAAAUUUUUCUUUUUUCAGUGCCGGCCCUAAUGACAAACUUAAAUGGUGUUUACGAAUAAAUCCAAAAGGAUUAGACGAAGAAUCCAAAGAUUAUUUGUCUCUUUAUUUAUUACUUGUCCAAUGUAACAAAACUGAAGUUCGUGCAAAAUUUAAAUUUUCGAUAUUAAACGCAAAAAGAGAAGAAACAAAAGCUAUGGAAUCACAACGUGCCUAUCGCUUUGUACAAGGAAAAGACUGGGGUUUUAAAAAAUUUAUUCGUCGUGAUUUUUUACUUGAUGAACAAAAUGGACUUUUACCUGAAGACCGUUUGACUAUUUUUUGUGAAGUUUCUGUUGUUGCUGAUACGAUUAAUGUAACCGGUCAAAGUAACAUGAUGCAAUUUCGUGUUCCUCCAUGUCGUCUUUCUGAAGAUAUGAGUAAUUUAUUUGAAAAAAGUUUAUUUGCUGAUUGUACUCUUUACUCAGGGAAUAGAGAAUUUCAGGUACAUAAAGCUGUACUUGCUUGUCGUUCACCUGUAUUUGCUGCAAUGUUUGAACAUGGAAUGGCUGAAUCUUUAAGUGAUCGUGUAAAUAUUAAAGAUAUUGAUUCUGAAGUGCUCGGUGAAAUGUUGAGAUUUAUGUAUACCGGAAGUGCCCCAAAUCUUGAAAGAAUGGCUGAUGAAUUGUUAGCAGCUGCUGACAAAUAUCAAUUGGAAAGAUUAAAAGUUAUGUGUGAACAAUCUUUAUGUCUUUCAUUGACAAAUGAAACUGCUUGUGAAACUUUAAUUUUGGCGGAUUUACAUUCAGCAGAACAUUUAAAAACACAAUCAACAGAAUUCAUUAAUUUACAUGCUAAUGAGGUAAUGGAAACUGAAGGUUGGAAAGUUUUGGUAAAAGAACAUCCUCCAUUACUCGAACAAGUUUUUAAAGCAUUAGCAACACAGCAAACACCUCCGAUUAUAUUAAAUCAACCGCCUAGGAAACGUCCAAGACAAUAUUAA